AUGCAGAAUUCAUACAUGCCCAUGCUGGAACCCGACCACCAAGAUGGCUGGCCCUUCAAAGUCCGCCAAAUAAGCCGAAGAUUUAUCGGCCAUCAAAUUUCGGAAAAAGCUCCCCCAAGAUUACAUGAAAGACCCAUGUUGGUCCAGACUCCCGAAUUGGAUUUGUUAGAAAUCCUCUCGUCUACCGUCAACACCACACCCGCAGCAAGCAUCAAUGUCAGACCAGCUUAUCAACGACAAACUACGCUUGAAGAUCCUAGACGAUUUAAUGUUCUCGAUACAAAAGCCAAUCAAGAAUCAAGUGUAUUCAAGAGUUUGAAGAGGAGAAUACCGGAUAGAUAUAGAACUCGUCGUCCAGAUUCAUCUCUCGCGACGAGGGCAACACCCACUUCUUUGGGUUUCGGCAGAGAUGGAAGAACUUCGAUGGAUUUGGAUGCUAAUGAUUUGCCGGGUGUAUACAUGGCAAGACCAGCCACACCAAAAUUUAUGUCUAAAACUCGGGAAAGCUCUCCUGUCCGCGCUGCAAGAUCUAUCAGAACGAAAGUAUCUCGAAAGUUCUCGAGAAAGGGAAAGGGAUACAAGUUAGCGAGUGAUGCCGAUGCAGCUUAUCCCCCCGAUCUCAAGAUAAUAUCCCCGGAUCCUGUGGCCAAUCAUCCUGCAUGUAUAUAUGACGCAACUACAUCUGCAUUUCCUUGCAACCCAGAACAUUCAUCAUCCACCCGACCCAAAUCUCUCCGUCGAUUAUUUUCUCGCAAAGAUCUUUGCAGACCUACUACAUCCACUUCUACAUCAACCUCUAAUUCUCGUCCACCAUUACCCAGCAUGAAUUCAAUUACCGUACGGAAAAUGUUCUCCAGUUCUAGUAUCCGACAAAACGGGAACAUCGUGACGGAUCUUCCGGUCAUGGAGGCUGAGGAAAUUCAAUCGCCACCGCCUGCUUAUAGUGCUUCGAUGGAUUUUGCGACCAAGGCAAAGCUUGAGGUGGACUUAUUGGAACAUCCUGCGCUUGCUGGUUCAAGUGCUGGAUAUAAUACAUCGAAUUCACGCUACGAAUCUCAACUCCAAUCUCAAAUUUCAAAUCUUCUCGAGUCUACCAUCGUAACCACAGCCACAGCACCAACGCAAUCUCACAGCCAUAACUCAAGCAAUGCCCCCCGUCCCUCUAUGGCCCAAACAGUGCGCUACCCACUCGAUCUCUACAUCAGCAACACCAUAACCACCUACCCCACCCACGACACCGUCGCUCCCCUUCUAAUUCGCAAAGCCGCCCGAGGCCCCUCCCCCACCCCCUUCACAACCCUCACCCGAUCCCUCUCAGACUUUGCAUCUAAAUCGCGAUCCCAAUCAUCACGCCCCACGCCAGCCCCUCGCUGCCAAUCCCAAGACACCGGCACUCAGCAUCUCUUCCCCAAACCCCCACGCCCAACAAGUACAAACAGGCGUUCCAAAUCCUAUUACACAUUAGGCAGCGCAGAGUCUGCAGUACCAGGUAUAUCGAGAAGCACGACCGUUUCGAACGCGCGGCGCAAUUCGCGUAUUUCUGCUACUACUUUCUCUGCAAAUGCAAAUGUACAUGUACAUUCAAAUGCAUAUGCGAGAAAUUCGACUUCGACUAUUAGGAAUGUGCCGCGCGAAAUGGGGUUUUUGCCUAUUAAAGCUGCUCCUGCACCGGGUGCAUUAAGGAAUUUUUCGAGACCGGGUACUGCAAGGACUCAGACUCAGACGGAAGGGGAUGUACUAGAUGGUGUACAUGAUGAGGUACGGAAUGAGGUAUACAAUGGAGCAAAGAAAAACAUGCAGAUGCAGAGAAAUGCACAAAUGCCACGACGAGCUGCGAAACCGGAUUUCUUGAAAUUGUUCGAUGUGCCUAAUUUGAUGAUGGAUUGUGUGGGGGGGUAUGAUGAUUAUGGAUAUGGGGAUGGAUAUGGGGGUGGAUAUGGGAAUGGGGAGUAUACGUAUUCUACGGGGAAGAUGAUUAGGGAGGUUAUUGGGGGUGGUGCAGGUGUAGGUGGAGGUGGGAGUGGCUUGGGCUUGAAUAGUGAGGGUGCUCAGGGUGGUGAUAGUGAUAGGGUGGAAUUUAUGAAAUUUAUUGCGGAUGCGAGAGAGGCUAGGGCUAGGGAGGAGGUACCUAGGGUUGUAGGGAGUGGGAAUGGGAGAGGGAGAGGGAGUGGGAGUGGGAGAUGGGGAGGGAGAGAGGGGGUUGUGGGGAUUAAUAUGCAUAUGGGUAUGGGGAGUUUGAGGAUGAGGGAUUCGGUUGCGAGGGUGUGA